GUUUUCCCGACGCUGAAACAUCAUCAUUGUCAUUCAUGCCCAGCGCUCUUGUUCCAUCUUUAUAUUACCAAAUUCAGUAUGAGCCCGGGCGCGUUGUAUUGAGUCAGCGGGGAUUGUCGACACACCGAAUCAAGCAUCAAUCACAUCAUGGCACCGGUAAGAUGCUCUCUUCAUGUCUCCCCUUUUCCGAAUACUAUGGUCACGGCCUUGAAAUGCCAAAUCCCACACCGAAGCAGGAUUUGGAUUUUGUUUAAUGAUACAUGACAUUCCAUCUACGGGUCGCGGGUCGCGAGUCGCGGCCAUGGAGCAGUCGUGAAAGCCAAGACGCUCUAUGUACCAAGGGACAAAAGACUCCAGAUCUCAGGAUCUAUAGGUUGGGUCGCAUUCCUAUGUCACACUGCGUCUCAUGUGCAGCGCGAUUUGUCUCCAGAUGUACUGCAGUGGAUAGCUUGGCUGAAAAAGAUUAAUCCUGACACUUACCCCCACUCGGGACGUGGCCUGAAGAUAUGCAACCUUUAGCGGACCUUCCUUGCUUAUCAAGUUGUAACACCGGGAAGCUGAUAAUUUUCAUAGCUACGAUCAUCGCGCCAUACUCGGAAUCAGGAGCAUAAUCAGCCGCUUCGGAAUCGAGCUGGCGUGAUUGAUUGGGAUCCAACAGAUGGCCUGCCCGUCAGGAAGUGGGAGCAAGUCACGGUCAAGGUCAACCAGGAUCUCACAGCAGAUCCUUCAGAUUCGAGCAACCAGAAUCAGGAGCAUACGGACAGUGACUUCCCAUGGCCCGAGCAACCGCUGCCUCACUUUUUCAGUCAAUUGCCACCACACUCUCAGGAACUGCUGCGACGAGCCCGCCUAGGUCACUCCAAUGUUAAACCUCCAGUUUGGGAUCGGAAAACAGAGACGUGGAUUUCUGGGACUGAGGUUGACGCGAGAAACGCGAACCUUAAGACUAAGAAUCUGUCCAACAACCCAGAUACCCCUGCUUCAGACCACGAAGAGGAAAACGAGGAGGAAAACAACAACGAAGACCUAUUCGAUGUCGAUGGCGCAGCGCCAGAGAAACGCCGAAAACUGAAUGCUGGAUUGCAAGAGCGUAUCUUUGAAACCAAGAAAUGGGUCCAGGUCCCCACAGCUAUCGCUGAAAAAACAUCUGAGCCAAAAUAUCUUGCUGACCGGAGGUCUGGCAUGGAGUCUCUCUACGGUGGUGCAUAUAAAGCCACCCACGGCUUUGGAUCGUUGGGUUUGAAUCCGGGGGCAGGAUCUGGUGCGGCUGGAUUUGAUUUGGGCGAUGGUAGUGGACUCGGAAAUGCCGCCGGGGUUCUGGGUGGCAAUGCUCCGCCUGAACCAGCGCCUGUGCGAAAGAACAUGCCCCCGAGAAGGAAGAAGAAGAAGAAGCUCGGCGGUCCUGGGCGACGCAAGGCAGUACCUGUUAUUCCGGGGGAGAGCAAUCCUGCUGCCACACAGACUGCCAAUGCCGAAGUCAUCAAGGGUGAUCCAGCUGCAGAGGCUGUGGACGAUUCUUCUCAACCAGGCUACAGCGCUGCGGGGGAUGGAGGUGAUGGGGAUGGGUCUGGGAGCGAUAGCGAGGGUGAAGGUAGCGAGGAAGGAGAGAUUGACGAAGGAGGAAAACCCACUCUCGAAAACAACCCCACCGCCGUUGGUCAUUCCGAGGUCGAGUCGAUGGCAGAUGCCCAUGCUGAUGGCACCGGACUAAUGACGAGUGUGCAAGAAGUUCCAACCACGGAAGCCGGCUCUUCAGUCGACAAGCUCGUCGACUUGGACUUGCCACAAGAUACAGCCUCCGUGGCUCCCACGCAAGUGACAGCCUCGGAGAUACCCCUCACAGACAAUCCAAUGUCCACCCACAUGGUGAUGAUACCAGAGUCAGCGCCGGAGCUGGAUGGUCUACCACAGACUUCCGCUCAAGGGCCUACGAUUACGACAGAUGGCAACCCGCCCCUCGAAGUCGGUACGAGCCUUACUAACAAGGUGGCCACAUCGCCACAACCGCCGUCCCUCUCCGAAUCUACAUCAAUACAAGCGCACGAGCCACAACCGGGUCCCGCAGCCACAAUCUCAGCCCCGAUUCCCGGCAGUCCUAUAUCGACCUUAAAUGAGACCAAUGCGGAACAAUUGUCGACGCCUGUCAUGCCAAACCAAGCAGCCGAAGAUGUCUCUCUUCCUGCAGUGUUGCCGGUGGACGCCACGGGCAUAGCAUCAUCUGCGGCUCCGACAAUGGAUCUAACUCCUUCUUUAGCAGCUACCGAUCCCGUUGCUGAAGCAAUUGCGCCUCAGCCUAUCUCCGAGAUAGCGACGGAGUCAAGCCAGCCAGAUCUUCCAACCGUACUGCCUGUUGUGGUUGGAGAAGGAUCUGAAGUCAAGCCGGACUUGGAGGGUGGGACGCGGCACGAGGAGACGUCAGGUCCUGAUGUCACACCUCUCGACCAAUCUUUGGAUAACACCAGUGAACAUACACCCACUAUAUCCACAAGUGGCGUUGUCGAGUCUGUGCAACCUUCCGCGGAGCCUGUUGACGCGUCGGGGACAACUGAUGCUCUGGCGAGAGAUCCAUUCCAGCCUUCACAUGACACAGCCCCAACUGCAACUUUGACACAAUCAAUCGCCGACAAUGAUACCGAUACUGCCUUGAAUGUUGGGGCCAGAGAAGCGGUUGAGGAUGUAAAAGAUGGUGGCGUAUCAACCGGAGAAGGACAGAGUGGACUAGAAGGCGAAACAGAAAUUAACAAGGACGUAGGGCUUGAUCUUCUUGGUGGAUUGGAGAAGGCAGUUGAUUUAGAGGCAGCCAGCGAUGAGUAAGCUCAGAAGAAUGCCAGGUCAAGCUCUGGUGCAGACGCCUCUAACCAAAGUGGCUGUCACUUAGCCAGGAUGCUUUGUACAAUAUGUCAAUUGGAAUAUACAGAUUUUGGGGGGCCUUCAACCUACGCACAAUCUGUGUUUCGGGUGACAAUUUCGAUGAUAGACUGCUGAACAGGACUCUACCUUGGGCAGGUUUUUGUCGGCUGGAUGAUAGCCAAGAUUGGUGUGAAUACUACUUGAAAGACAGCAACUCAUUCGUAUAGGUGACGGCGGCUCAGAAUUGGG